AUGGAUGAAAACGGAUACCCAACGUAUCGCUGCCUUAAUACAGGACAAUACGAUCGCCUAAAUGGAGGAACUACAGAUAAUCAAUACGUUAUUCCAUACAAUCCUACAUUACUUCAGGACUUUAAGGGACAUGAUGCUGCUGCUGUAGUAAUUACCGAUAGUAGUUCUUUAGAAUAUGAUGAAAUAAAAAACUUUAUUGAAACUCGAUAUGUUAGUCCUGUUGAAGCAUGUGAUAAAAUAUUUGGUAGACCAUUACAGAGUAAAAGUCAUCCUAUUCUCCGAUUACCUGUUCAUUUAAUUAAUCGGCAUACUGUAACCAUUAGUGAAGAAGCAAAUGAUGAUGCUAUAAAUGAAGCUUUACAGAAACGGACUAUGUUAUUAGAAUACUUCGAUUUAAAUAGGCGUGAUCCACAAGCUAGACAAUAUAUAUAUGCAGAAAUUCCAUGUUAUUAUGUUUUUAAGAAAGAACGUGGUGAAAAUACAUUAAAAUGGGUGAAGCGUAAAGGGUCAUUUAAUGUCAUUGGACGGAUGUAUUCAAUUUCGCCCAGUCAAUCAAAACUGUUUCAUCUUAGAUUACUUUUAAUAGUAGUUAAAGGCGCUACAAGUUAUGAUCAUCUGCAAACUGUCAACAAUAUUGUACAUGACACUUUUCGUAGUGCAUGUUUAGCAUUAGGCCUUAUUGAAGAUGAUGAAGAAUGGGAACGUGCUUUGACAGAAGGAGAAGUAUGGAUGAUGCCACAACAAUUAAGACGUUUAUUUGUGCAAAAUCAAACGAACAACAAAAUGUCAUUACAACAACAUAAAGAGAUUGGUAAAAUGCAAUAUGUGAAACUGAAUUCCAAACAGAAGGAUAUUGUUGAUGAAGUAUUAAAUGUAGUUAUCCAAGAUAAAAGAAUACCAUCUUCUUCAUGUUAUUACAUUGAUGGACUAGGCAUUGCCGCAAUAUUACUUCCCCGUGGUAAAACUGUACAUAAAACAUUUGGGAUGCCUGUUACAUUGUUCUAUGACUCUACAUCAAAUAUUCAAAGUCAAUCUAAGGAAGCUACAUUUUUGAAAGAGGUUGAUGUCUUUAUUUAG